GCCUCAUUUUUUGCGCCAUUCAAACUCAAUAGUAACAGCUACGAUAGCAAUCUCAAGUUUCAACCCUACGUCCUCAUCGAACGCCACCACGUGUUUGCAAGGGCAACCGCAAAUAGAAUAAUGAACCAAGCCAACCAUUCUUUUCCGCUGCCGCUUUAGCCCUAGUGCGGAGAAAAAACUAAUGUAAAGUUGAAAAUCGACCAGUAGAAAUAUUAUUUUAGAUAUUGAUUAUUUUUAAUAUUUAUUAAAUAAUAUCCAAAAAUUAUAAAAUAAUAAAGUAAAUCUGAAAAUUCAAAUUUUAAAAUUACUAUAAAAAUCCAAAAACUUGAUUAAAUCGAAUCCAAUUAUCAUAAAUAAUUCGAAGCAAGUAUCCAUUCUACAUACAAUCAACUCAUAUCUUCAGUAAAAUUCAGUGUAAAUUGCCACGUUUGUCUAGACUGACAACACAUAUAGAGCAAAAGAAUUUUCUUUUUCUUUUUCUUUUUCUUUUUUCUUUUUAAAUUUUAUUUUUCAUAAUCAAUUAUUAGAUCUCCUCCAUAAAGAUUAUCGAUAUCGACCUUCAACAAGAAACAGCACAUCCCCAAUAAUACCGAGGAAGAGGAAGUUGAAAACCCUUGGGCUGUCCCUUGGUGGGUGUUUCUUUAGGUUUUCUUGGUCGCGACGAUUUUCAGUGGCUUGUAAAUGGCAGCGUAUAGGCUCCUGAUUUUCUCCCUCUUUUUGGCCCUAGUUUUCACCAAGAUUGGAGCCGAUGCCUCAACUGAACCGCUGCUUGAAUCGGACGCCGCCGAUUCUUCUGCUCUUAAGAUGGAGUUGGAUCAACUGAAGUCUAAGAUCCGUCUUCUUGAAUCAAAUGUUGAGGAGAAAAUUCGAGAACUGAAAACCAAGGAUGAGAUGAUAAAGCAGAAAGAUAAAAUUAUAGAAGAAAAAUCUGACACCAUGGCAUCGUUGCACUCUGAAUUAUCAUCUCUUCAGAAAAAAGGAACCUCAGAUGCUGAGGAACGGGUGGGAAAAGCUCAUGCGAAAGCUCUUGAAUUGCAGAAACAGGUUGAUAGACUUAAAACUGAACUAGAAGCAAAAUUGAAGGAAAAAGAUUAUUUGGAAUCCCGUGCAACUAAAGCUGAGAACAAGUUGAAUGAAUUGAAUUUGCAGCUAGAGAAUCUUCAAAAGAUCAAUAAGGAACAGGAGAACAAACUAGCAAAAACUGAGCGAGCUCUAAAUAUUGCAGAGGAAGAACUGAUAAAGGCAAAGUUUGAUGCCACUUCAAAGGCAAAUGAGUUGAUGGAGGUUCACAGCGCAUGGCUUCCACCUUGGCUUGCUACACAGUUAAUUCGUGGUCAGGCCUUCAUUCAGACACAUUGGAAUCAGCAUGGAAAACCAAACAUGGAUAUGGUGAUCCAGAAGGCUCUAGAGAAAAAGGCCUUAGCUAAAAAGUGGGCUGAACCCCACAUGGAAGCAAUUAAAACCAAAUGGGUUCCAGCUGCUAAGGAUCAGUGGGUGGCGGUAACUACAUAUGCUGAACCACAUGUGCAAUCGCUCACUGCAAAAACUGUUGAAAUUUAUGAGGUAUCGAAGGCUACAAUAACUCCUCAUAUUAUCAAAGUUCAAGAAACAGUUGAUCCUUACUUCCAGGAAGCCAAGAAGUUCAGUAAGCCAUAUAUUGAUCAGGUUGCUACUUUAGCAAAGCCUCAUGUUGAUAAAAUUUCUGUGGUGGUGAAGCCCUAUACAAAGGAGGUAGUUAAAGCUUAUGGGAGGUUUUUGGAAUUGGCAACAACAUACCAUCAACAGGUUCAAGCCUCUGUGCAAGAAAAUUUGAAGAAGCAUGAGCUGACAAGACCUCUUGCAACCAAAGAGCUUGAGUGGUUUGCGGCAUCUGCUCUAUUGGCUCUACCUAUUUUUAUUUUGUUCAGAAUAUUUUCAGCAAUUUUCUGCAAAAAGACAAAGAAGCGUGUUCGACAUACUAACGCAACCCACCAUGGUCGUCGUAAGGGCAAAAGGGGGCACACAGACAAGUAGACUGCGUGUAUUUAGGUUUUGGUCUCUUAAUGUUGGGAAAUAUUAGAGGGGCUCUAGGUGAUCAUGUUGGGUAUGGAGCUGUGGUGUCGCAAUUGGAAGUAUUUAAUCUUCUCUUACCUCUCAAGGUCCCUGGUUUUAAUAUUAUUAUUAUUUUUUGGGGAGGGUGUGGAAUUAGAAAAAGUUAAGAACCCUAGUGACGCUAUAAGGUUGAAAUCUUGAGAUUCCUAGUUGUAGGAGUUGUGUAUUUUAUUUAUGUUAGUGUAAUUUUAUUUUAUUUUGUUUUUCUUUCUACUGGAUUCACAAACGAAACAACUCAGUCUCUGUUUCAGAAAUCAUCAUAUACUUUUUGAGACA